AUGUACCCAAUGGAAUUCAAUGGCAUCCCUCGCCAUGGCUACUUCUUUCCAGUGAAGCUGGAGAGGCCUCCAACACACUCAUCUUCCAUGACUUUACAAUCAAAGAAGAAGAGGUCAGUGUCAGUUUCCAUCAUCGCUUCUCCUCCCUUAGUAGUUACAACACCAGUCAUCGCUGCUUUGGUUCCAAGAAUGUUGGAAGGCACUGCAGCUCUUUCCUACAUUGGCGACCUCAAGUACAUUAAUAUUAUGGCAUGGUAUGAUCUCCCCAUAGAUCUCCUUCGUUGCAUCUCAUCACACUUGUCCAUUGUAGACUUAGUCCGAUUAUCUAUUGUUUGCACCUCAUGGAAUUUCACUCUUGCCAACUAUGCACUCCUUGGAUUUCAAUGUCGUCCCUCAACAUGGUUGCUCCUUUCAAAUGAUGUUGGAGAGGCCUCCGGCACACUCACCUUCUGCGAACUAACCAUAGAAAGAGAAGAAGCUAUCGUCAGCUUCCAUCAUCGUUUCUCCUCCAUCGGUAGCAACACCUUUGGCCGCCGUUGUUUUGGCUCCAAGGAUGGAUGGCUUGUGACCCUUGACAAAAUAGAUCUACAACCUCGACUCUUCAACCCUAUAACGAAGGCUGAAAUAUCGCUCCCAUCACUUUUCACCUUGAUCGAGCCACAAUAUGCCCCUGACGGCUCCAUCAGGAUUUAUUACAAUGAAAUUUUCUUAGACUUUACACCUUAUGACUUACGUGAUAUGUUUUUUCAUAAGAUCAUUUUCUCCUCUAAUGACUCCUCUAGAACUGUUGUAGUUAUAUUUGGCAUUACAAAAGCGCUUGCUUUGGCAAGGUCAGAAGAUCUGACUUGGGUUCUCGGGCCACAAUUAUCUCCUUAUAACACGGAGGAAGAGGAGCAAUUUGAAGAUGCUUGCUAUCAUGAAAAUAAUCAAAGAUUUUAUGCAAUCACAAAUUUUUCUAUGGUGCUUUCAUUUGACCUCAAUGGACAAAAUGUUGAAUUGAUCUGCCCGAAUAUGCCUAACCCAUACUAUCACACCGGAAACCUUGAUUUUAUAUACUAUAUUGCCUUUAUGUCAGGAACUCUUCUAAGAAUAGAGAGGGUGAUUGAUAUUACUCUUGAUAGUCACCGUUACGCAAAGACGAUGAGUAUCUCUAUUUUCAAGUUUGUGCCAGCUGUUAUUUCUUCUACUUCUUCUUCUUCCACUUCUUCAUACUCUCAAUGGAUCCCUAUCAAUGAGUUGGGGGAAUACUCCAUUUUUGUGGGUUGUAAUCAGACAUUUUCCUUGCAUCACACAGUUGCUACUGGAAUUAAACCAAAUUGCAUAUAUUUUGCCGAUCAUUUGAGCAACAUGUUUCCAGGUGAUGUUGAAUGUGAUGUUGGACUUUUUGAUCUUUAUAAUGAUCGCAUUCAGUAUAUCCUUCACCCUUAUUCACAGACUAAUUGGCCUCCAUCAAUAUGGUUUACACCAUCACUUUCAUAA